UAAAGUUUAAUGUUUGUUUUUAAUUUCACAGCUCAGAAAACCACUGUAGUCUGUAGAAAGCUCCAACGAUCCACAUUAUGGCAACUGCAGUCAUGCAAAUGCAAUCUCAGGUGCAAAGCACCAUGGAGAUCUCCAGCUCCAGUUCCAGCUCCAUCAGUCACACAUCUCACACGACCAAAAUUGUGGGAGAUGAGGUGGUUUCCCAAAAAUCCUCUUCUGCGGUGGAGUCCUUUAGCAUGAUCUCUCUCUCUGUUGAGAUACCUGCAGGAGAGAGCAUCCCAGAGUUUGUAGAAAAACCCCAUCCACUAACGGCCACUGAAGGGGACAAAGCUGUCUUUCGAGCCAAAGUGAAAGGCAACCCCAAACCCACUGUGACAUGGAAAAGAGAAAGCGGAAUACCAAUCAAGGAAGGAUCGAAGAUGUUUUUUGACAGCAUCAAUAAGGAAUACAUCCUUAAGUUGGAAAACCUCGCAUCAGAAGAUGCAGACAAUUACAAGUGUAUGGUCACCAAUGAUCAUGCUGAAAUUAUCUACAUGGUGUCCUUGGUUAUAACUGAAAGCCAAGAAAAACUGGAUUUCAAAAAAAUGUUGAAAAAAAGAGGGCCCCCAGCUCCAAAGAAAAAAGAGAAGAAGGUGGUUGAUGAAAAAGAAAUGCUGGAGAUUCUCUCCAAGGUACCCAAGAAGGACUUUGAGAAGGUCUGCAUGGAACAUGGCUUCACAGAUUUCCGAGGACUUCUUAAAAAACUGAAGGAAAUGAAGAAAAAAGUUGAAGUUGAGGCUAUAAAAAUUCUGAAACCCUUGGAGGAUGUUUCUGCCAAAGUGGACUCGACAGCAAUAUUUGACUGCAUUUUAGAACUCAGGGAUGCUAAUACGAAAAUGACAUGGAUAAAGGAUGCUGAACCUUUGCGUCUCCAGUAUUCUCUAGGAAAAUAUGAAGUGAAACAGAUGGGCACUAAGUAUAUGCUCUACGUCAGCAAUGUGACUGAAAAGGACAUGGGUGUAUACACUCUAACUGUAGGCGAUAAGCAACUCUCUGCAAGAUUGCACGUAAUAGAUGAGCCUCUGACGUUUUUGGCAGACUUGAAACCUCUGAAAGUAACUGAGAGGCAGACCGCUAUCUUUGAGAUACGUCUUUCCAAAAAGGUGCCCAAUUUUGCCUGGAAGUUCAAUGGGAAAGAACUGAAGCGAGAUGACAAGUAUGAAAUCAUCACAUCAGAAGAUGGCUUAACCCACACACUGAAAAUUAAAGAUUCACGUCCAAGUGACAUGGGUCUCGUCAGCUUUGAAACUGGAGAUCUAGUAACCAAGACCGAACUUUUUAUUCAGAGAACACCAAUUAAGUUCAUCAGGAAUCUGAAGAAUGUCCGAGUGAAAGAGAAGGGGAAAGCUUCCCUGGAGUGUGAGCUGACAACUAAAGACGUUACCUUGAAAUGGAUGAGGAAUGGGAAGGUGAUUGAGAGGUCUAAAAAAUUUACCAUGAUCCAUGAAGGGAAGACUGCAGAGCUGAUAAUUGAUGAUGCCGAUCAGAGUGACACAGGGGAAUAUAUGGUAGUUGCCAUGCAAGAGAAUGACCCCACUGAGUAUUACAGCAAUUGUAAUGUGACCGUAGAAGAGAGAUUUGCUACUGUGAAGAGCGGCAUGUCAGAUGUCCAAGCAGCAACUGGGGACCCAGCGGAGCUCUGUGUUGUUCUGAAUGAUGAGAAAGUAGAAGGUGUUUGGCUGAAGGAUGGUAAAGAGAUUACAGAUAUGAGAGGAAUCCAGAUCAUCAAGCAAGGGGCUGUUCACAAAAUCAUCAUUGACAAGAUGGGGGAGGAAUUUGAAGGGAAGUACACCUUCAGAGCAAAGGGGGCCGAGAGUGAGGCCACUGUUAGUAUUGCAGAUCCGCCUUAUAUUGAUCCAUCUGUACUAGAAGCUUUAGCUGCUCACCCAGUGACUGUGAAAGCAGGGCAGACCGCUUACAUCAAGGUACCUUUCAAGGCCAAGCCCUUGCCCAAAGUUACUUGGUUUAAGGAUGGCGUUGAGGUGACUGAAGAAGACAGGGUAGUGAUGGAAAGGACCAAUGACCAAGCAUUGCUCACCAUCAAGAACUGUGUGAGAGAAGACAGCGGAGCUAUUAUGCUGAAGCUGAAAAGUGACUGUGGAUCAGCCAUUGCUCAUUUGCACCUCAACGUCAUUGACAAACCAAAGCCACCACAAGGGAAAGUAGAAUUCUUGGAAAAGACAGGGAAGUGUAUCAAAAUGAAAUGGAAAGCACCCAAAGACAACGGUGGCAAGCAGGUGACCCACUUCAUUAUUGAGCGGAAGGUGGUUGGGAAGAGGUCCUGGAUCAAAGUUGGAGAAGUUGACAGCAAGCAGACCACAUUUGCCACAGAUAAGGUAGAAGAAGGGAAAGCUUAUCAAUUCCGAAUCCUGGCUGUGAACUCUGAGGGUGCAAGCGAGCCACUAGAGACAGAAGAAGUCUUUGCCGGAGAUCCUAUUGAUCCUCCAGGACAGGCUUCUCAACCUCAAGUGACUGAUGUGAGCAAAGAAGCUGUUACCAUUACCUGGAAUCCUCCAGCUAAAGAUGGUGGUUCCCCAAUAAUGGGGUAUAUUGUCGAAAGAAGGAAGAAAGGCAGCAACCUUUGGGUCCCAGUAUCCAAAGAAUUAGUACAAGGUACUAAAUGCAAAGUGGAUGGCUUAUUGGAAGAUACAGAAUAUGAGUUCCGUGUCAUUCCUGUGAACCGAGCAGGUCCUGGACUUCCAAGCAGUGCUUCCAACUCGGUUGUGGCAAGAGAUCCCAUCAAACCUCCUGGACUGGUGAAGGGUUUGCACGUAGCUGAUUCUUCCAACUCCAGCAUUUCCUUGGCAUGGCAGCAGCCAGACGAAGGUGAUGCACCUUCAGGCUACAUACUGGAGAUGCGGGCUGAAGACACCAAGGAAUGGUCUAAAUGCACCAAGAUCCCAAUUACUGGUACCAAUUACACGGUGGGAGGACUGCAGGAGAGGCAAAAGUAUUUCUUCCGGAUCCGUGCCGUGAAUGAGGCAGGAGUGGGAGAACCAAUUGAAUUGAAGGACGGAGUCCUGGCCAUGCCUCCUCCAGCUGCUCCGAAGUUCGACCUGAGUGCCAGGCUGAAGAACCACAUGGUGGUUCGGGCUGGGACAGCCCUCUGUAUCCAUGCCAGCUUUACUGGGUCACCUCCCCCAAAUGUGGUCUGGCAAAAGGAUGGCGUUCCCACAAGGGGAAGGGAGAGCAUCACUAAAGGCAAGAAUCACUCUCAGUUCCUCAUUCACAGCACCAAACGCAUGGAUUCUGGACUCUACCGUAUUGUGCUCAGCAAUGACUAUGGCGAAGCCCGCUACGACAUCCAUGUGCGAGUAACAGAUUUCCCAAGGCCACCUGCCAACCUAAACGUGUUUGAGGAGGUGCCAAAUACCGUAACACUAAAAUGGGAUCACUCUCCAGAUGUGAAGGAGGACAGUGGUGCCCAUUAUGUCAUCCUGAAACGCGACACUAGCACUGCUACUUGGUUCACAGCAGCAGAGAAAGUCUACAGCAACAAAUACACAGUCACAGGCCUUCUUCCUGGCAGGAAAUAUUUCUUCCGAGUCAUUGCCAGGAACGAUGUUGGUGAUAGUGAUCCUCUAGAUUCAAAGGAUUCCUGGCAUAUCAACAAAGACAAAGAACGUUUCAAUGCCAAUAUAAGGGAAUAUCAUGAACGAGACUGGCGCCAUGCCCCCCAUUUCAUCACCCCUUUGAAGAACCAUGCAGUACGCCGGGGCCUUGACUGUACCAUGAGCUGUGCAUUCUUGGGCAACCCCCGCCCUGUGGUUACAUUGUACAAAGGAAAUGUUAACAUUACAGCUAAUUCUAAAUUCUGGUACAAUUCGAGCAGCGGAGUCUGCACACUGAUGAUCCCCACUUGCACCAUCAAGGACAGUGGCGAGUACUCCAUAUUAAUUGAGAAUGAGCUUGGAAAUGAAAAAUGUAGCUGCACAUUGACCGUAUAUGAUAAAGAUGAUAAACACCUUCUGGAUUCAGUGACUGCCAGCAUGCAGAAGUCAAAACACCUCAUGUGAACAGCGUGGACAGAAAACAUGUUAUAAAUUCAGCUCAGUGUUUGGAGUAAUUCAGAUGUUUUUGUUUGCUUGUGCAUGGCUUAAGCAGCAGAUGAGAUGCUGGUGCAAAGUCCCUUUGCUUUAAAUUCUUUCCCAGGGACAGUAGUUUUGCUUCCAAAGUUUUCAGAUGUCAGAAGUUAUAAUAAAUAACAAUAUUGCCAAUAUUUAAAGAGACCUUACGCUGGAAAUUUAAAAGGAGUCACAUACAUACAA